UGUGUGUUAGAGGUUCAGUUUUAAGAUGUAGUGCAGCGCAGGUCACGUGUAUGAGAAAGACAGAGAAGGUUGCUCUCUGUGUAACCGUAGCCCACAUCUCUCUCUGACAUCCGUAUCCUGGCCACAGAGAGGACAUUAUCUCCACCUCAGACAAUAUGUGAUUCAGUUGCUUGGGUGUCUGAUAACCUGUUUUAGACACAGUGGAAGCUGCUACUGAAAGUCAUUUCAAUUAUUGUUAACAGAACAGACACACGGUUUGAUAUGACUCCAACACGCUGCUGGCUCAAUCCCCUCAGCUACCUGGUCAAAUGAGUGUGGCUGGCUUUAAACAACUUUGCUGUUUGGCAAGAGUGUGUUUUUAUGUGGGUGAGUGUUUGUAGGGGUGUAUUUGAGCAGUGUGGUGAGCGUGUAGGAGUUAGUGAGUUUGCCUGUGAGAGCGUGUUAGUUUGUGGGUGUCCUGUCCUUGGCCGGAGUUGUGUGGAUUGGCUCUUUCCAUGGUGCUGCAGGGUCGCUGGGUUCAGCGCGCUACUGAGGCUGUGCCUGCCCCGCUCUCAUCCUUGAACUGCUGAAAAAAUGCAGUGCUACAAAGCCACCUUUAACUGCACACUGAGAUGGAGGCCUCUAGACUCUCUGACUCGUUGAGGUUUCUGUUAUAAGGACUGCUUCUAUAUUAUGAAAUAUGUUUUGCGUAACACUGUCAUGGCCUCACUUGCCUUUUUUGAUUUCGAAUGUAAUAAGCUUUCUUAACAUUUGUGAACUUUGAUCAGUCUACACCCUUUGGAAUGUUGAAAAGGCUACCCGAACAGUUUCUGGUUGGACCUAAAGUUCUGGUGCUGUUUUGAGCUGACAGCAGCAGGAACGGAAGGAUUGAGUGAAGCUGAGCUGAGCUGAGCUAAGCGAAGUAAAUGGGAAAGCAGUAGCAAACUGCCUCGGACUGAAAACCCCCUGGGGCAGAGAGCACAUGACUCCACUGCUUGUUCUAGCCUGCAUAGCUGUGGCAGCGAGGGGAGGUGCAGCUGAAACCCCAUCCACAUAGCUUCAUUAUCAGCUUUUAUACGUCUCCUUUUACCACACUUCCUCUGGCAUAGGCUGAUUUAAAGAGAUCAAAAACUAAAUGUGUGUUAGAAAUGAGAAAUCUACCAUUACUUUAGCUCUUGCAUGAUUCCAAGCUAAGUCUUAUGCACAUCUCUGUUUCUGUUUGUGUUUCUUUUUACAGGUUGAUCCUCUCUAUCUCUUGGAAUGUCCAGCUCUUGCCCGAUUGCCCACUGGCUGACCCGCAGCAGUUCUUCACUGGCAAGCUUUAUGUCCUUGUGUAUCAGCUAAAGCUGCCAGCUGAAGAACUGUUGUGGUUGGCUCUUUCCUGGCACCCCAGCUUAGAAUGAAACCAUCACGGGUCAGGAUUUGGAGGAAUCUGAGACGAACCAGAUGGUAGAGAAGUCAAAAUCAAUCUCAGAGGGGAAAGAAGGUUCCAGGGCAACUUACUCAGCACCAGGUUAAAGCUGCUUACGCAGAUUACCUUGAGUUCCAGGCAGACAGGAGAUCACAGCACCUGAUGAAAUAUUCAUGUUGCAACACUGUGCCAGACCUCUUGCAAGCUUGCUUGAUCUUUGGCCCUGUGACUGAGGCAGAGUGCUGCCGUUUUAAUCGAACACAAGUUACCUGCUGUGCUGUGAGACUCACUUUUCCCCAGGUGAACAGCACUUUACAAUGACUCAUCAUAAGUUUGCCCAGCAGAGGCCAUUUUGUGCGCGAAGACUGAGAAGAGGCAGCACAUAGACAUAUGACUCAUGACAACAAGCUUUUUCACUCUGCAUGUCGACAAGCCAGACACUCACACUUACAGUACAGUAGAGCACACCAUGCUUCUGGGUCUGUUUUCUACUCUCCUACGAUUCAUAUCAGUUUUGAGAUCCCAAAACCACCUUUUUAUCCAUAGUCAAAAAUAAAUGUGAAAAAUAGAAUAGGAUCAUAUGCUGUUAUAUAAAGCAAGUACAGAUGUGAUGCAGCGUCAUGUAUCAUGCCUUAAGCCAAAGAUAAUGUAUAAGACCUGUGUGACCCCCAGACGAAUGGAUGAGUCCAUCAUCUCCAGGCCUAUAAUAAACGAUAGCCUCAGUCUGGCCAGCUCAUUAACUACUGCUGGAAAAUACCAUGAGCGGAUGUCUGAAUGCAUCCUGAUGACUCAGAGCAUAUGCACACCCACUGCCACCACGAUGUCUGAGUGACUAACUAGCCUCCUGUUCCACUGGAGCCCUGAACAAGCUCUGUGACGCAUUCGGCAAAGCGAGGCCACCGGCAAUGUGUCGCGUUUAAUGCGGCACUGUUGCCACGAGGUGGGAUGAAAAGGAAAAAUGUGAGAGUAAGAGACUUUAAGGGCACAACGGUGGGUGAAUAGGAUUCAUUGUGGGCCUUUAAUCUGCUGUCUACCUCUGCAGUUAAUCCUGCUGGUGACAUCAGGACGAGACUGUUUCAGGUGACUUUCCAUUUCCGAACCAUGCUGUGCAAUGACGAUCGCACUGUGCUGGAUGACAGUAAGAAAGUCGGGGUGCCCAUGGAAGUGGUGAUCGGGAACAUGUUCAAGUUGGACGUGUGGGAGAAUCUGCUCAAGUCCAUGCGCAUAGGUGAAGUUGCAGAGUUCUGGUGUGACAUAAUCCACACUGGCAUGUACCCCAUGGUGGCAAAAAGUCUUCGACGCAUUGCAGAAGGAAAAGAUCCAGUGGACUGGCACAUACACACCUGUGGCAUGGCUAACAUGUUUGCAUUUCACACCCUGGGUUAUGAUGACCUGGAUGAGCUCCAGAAAGAACCACAGCCUCUCAUCUUUGUGUUAGAACUGCUUAAGGUUCAGCAGCCGAGUGAGUAUCACAGGGAAUCAUGGGCGAUGAAUGAUGAGGAGAGACUAAAGGUUGUUCCUGUGCUCCAUGGCCAAGGAAACAAACUGUUCAAACAGGGUCGCUUUGAGGAGGCCACAAACAAGUACAAGGAGGCAAUCCUUUGCAUCAAGAACAUUCAGUCAAAGGAGAAGGCCUGGGAGGUCCCCUGGCUGAAGCUUGAAAAGAUGGCCAAUACUCUUACACUCAAUUACUGCCAGUGUUUGCUGCGCAUGCAGGAGUAUUACGAAAUUAUCGAGCACACUACUGACAUCAUUAACCAGCAUCCUGGGGUAAUGAAAGCUUUCUACUUACGGGGGAAAGCAAACAUGGAAGUGUGGAACGAGGCUGAGGCCAGAGCUGACUUUCAGAGGGUGCUGGAUCUAGACCCAGGUAUGAAGAAGUCAGUGAAGAAAGAGCUAUCUAUUCUCAAUUUGCGCAUGGAGGAGAAGAGAGAAGAGGAAAGACAGAAAUACAAGGGAAUGUUCACAGCCACAGCAACAGAGCAAGAAGCUACUCCACAAGAAACUUUCAAGCAAGUGGCUCUGGAGCAAGCGCCUACAGAACAAGAAACAACAUUACAGGAAACCCCUGAGAAAGACUAUUCAGAGAAAGAAAUUUUCAAGCCAGAAACUCUACAUCAAGAAAUUUCAGAACCAAACAAUCCAGAAGAGAAAACACUAGAGCAAGAAAUCUAGAGCAGGAAAAUGUAAAGCAAGAAAUUAUAGAUGAGCAAAAUCCAGAGGCAAAGAAUGCAGAGAGGAAAACACUACAGCAAGAAACUUUAGAGGAAGAAACUCUAGAAGAAGAAACCCCAGAGCCAUACAAUCCAGACGAGAAAAUGCUAGAGCAAAUAAAUCUAGCACAGGAGACUAUACAGCAAGAAAUUCCUGAGAACAGCACUCCAGUGUUAUUAACUCCAGAGCAGGAAACUCCAGAGAAGGAAAUCUUAAAGAAAUGCUGAGAAUGAAGCUCCAGCAAAGAAAGAGCAAGUUAAUCCUGAACAAGAAAAUGUAUCACAGUUAACCUCAGCAGUAGCACAAAACUUUUAAUGACUUUCAGUGAUGUAGGUACUUAGUGAAAGAGUUUGAUCCCCAUCUGAUCCCUGUUAUUGGUUAUUAAUCUAAUAUGGCACGAGGUGAGCAUAUUGCUUACUUUCAGGAGUCUUAUUUAAGAUAUAACCUGAUAUGUAUCUGAUAUUUAAGAAAAUACUACAGCAUAAUAUUUAUAUUAAUAAUUUUCCAUUUGGGGUAAACUAUUAUUC